UGAAGUGUCAAGUGUUCACAUUAUAACCGAAGAAGAAGUGACCUCUCCGUGUGCAGUUAAAUAAGUCGUCGGUGUGUUUGUACCGACACUUUAUUUUUGAAAAAAAAAAAAAAUCUUAUUAACAUUGCGGUUUUUGGCAUUAAAAUGUUUGCAGCCAGAGGAGUGUUGCGGCUCGCACAGAGGUUGGGCGGUGUUAGUGUGUCGCGGCGGGGAUGUGCCGGUGCUGUUCCCCUGGACGACGUCGUAAACGGACUUACAGAUGAGCAGAUUCAGCUCAGACAGACGGUUCAGCGGUUCUGUCAGGAAAAGCUUGCGCCCUAUGCUGACGAAAUAGACAAGGCAAAUGAGUUUCCACGCAUGAGAGAGUUUUGGAAAGAGGCAGGUGAACUUGGAUUGCUUGGGAUCACAGCUCCAGUGGAGUAUGGUGGCACAGGAUUAGGCUAUCUUGAUCAUGUAAUAGUGAUGGAGGAGAUAUCACGGGUGUCAGGAGCAGUUGGCCUCAGCUACGGCGCACAUUCCAACCUCUGUGUCAAUCAGCUUGUGCGCCAUGGCAACCAUAAACAGAAAGAGAAGUACCUCUCGAAGUUAAUUACAGGAGAACAUGUAGGAGCCCUGGCCAUGAGUGAGUCCAACUCUGGCUCUGAUGUAGUAUCCAUGAAAAUGACAGCAAGAAAAGAGGGUGACCACUAUGUGUUGAACGGUACUAAAUUCUGGAUUACCAAUGGACCCGAUGCGGACGUUCUCAUUGUGUACGCGAAAACCGACGUAAAUGCAGUUGCACGUGGAAUCUCCGCUUUUAUUGUAGAAAAGGGAAUGCCUGGUUUCAGUACUGCACAGAAGCUGGAUAAGUUGGGAAUGAGAGGCUCCAACACGUGUGAGCUCGUCUUUGAAGACUGCAAGGUUCCAGAGAAGAACAUGCUGGGACCGUUGAAUAAAGGAGUGUACGUACUGAUGAGUGGACUUGACCUGGAGAGGCUUGUGCUCUCGGCUGGGCCUAUUGGCAUUAUGCAAGCUGUGCUCGACCACGCUAUUCCUUAUCUGCAUGUCCGUGAAGCAUUUGGGCAGAAGAUUGGCCACUUCCAGCUGAUGCAAGGAAAGAUGGCGGACAUGUACACCCGACUUACUUCGUGUCGGCAGUACGUGUAUAAUGUGGCCCGUGCGUGUGACAAAGGCCACUUCAGUGCCUUGGACUGUGCUGGGAUAAUCCUUUAUUCUGCUGAGAACGCGACUCAGGUUGCCUUGGACGGGAUUCAGUGCCUGGGUGGAAACGGUUACAUUAAUGAUUACCCAAUGGGCCGCUUCCUGCGAGAUGCUAAGCUCUACGAGAUUGGCGCAGGCACCAGCGAGGUCCGAAGGAUGAUUAUUGGCAGGGGCUUCAAUGCCAUGUUCAAAUAAGACUGCAUCCGAACAGGAAUCUGCUCGAUGCCUUUCACAAAUUUCUGUUAUAUUACAAUAUACACGGAUUAAGCAAGGAGAUAAACUUGUCAGAUGAAUGCUUUAGAGGGUGCUAUACAACAGAACAGAUAUUGAAGACUGUUCUGCAUAUACAUUUAAUUCCAGAAGGGGAAACUUCAUGAACCAUUAAUAAUCCCAGUCUUCACAUAGUAUGUGUUGUAAGCCUAGCAGCGCUAAAUGCAUUGCUGGACAUUCUAAACGAAUGUUCUUGAAAAAUUAUAUGCUAUAAAGCAGAUUUAUCACACUCACGCCAGAAUGUAUGUGAUUUAAACAAAAGCACUAAAACAAAUCUGUAAAAUCUUUUUUUUGUUUGUUUGUUUUUUGUCUGUACACCUUGUAUGAUGCUCUAUUAUAUAUGAAUGGGUUUUUUGUGGUGUCUUUUCAAUACAAUUGUUAGUUGCAAAGUAUUUUGUAUGUCAUAGUGUCUUUAAUAAAUGCCUUAAAGAAAUCCUGUUAGACAUUUUAUUUAAAGCCAAAUAGGCUACUGUUUUGUGGCAAAAAGGAGUUUUGCUCAUUGAAAUGUGCUCUCUGAGCAUAACGUGUAUAAAUCAUUCAGCACAAUUCAAUAACCAUGACUCACUUUGUUGUAGAAUUAAAAGAAAUUUGAACUGUC